AUGGCCGCGCCCGGUGGGCGCCUCCUCGGUGCUCCCCGCUCGGCGAGCCCUGCGCACCGCAGGACGCUGGCGCUCGACAUGCGCCGCAUCGCCGGUCUGCUGCGGGAGUCCCCGGCGCCCGCCGCGCUGGCCGCGGAUAGCAGCAUGAACAACUCCAGGUGCAGCACCCCGCACAGCGCCUGGGAGCCUGCCGACCGCAACGGCGUGUCGCUCGGCUCCGCUGGGCCGUCGCCCGUCGCUGCGUCGCGCCUCGUCGGGAACAACCAGGCGGUGGCCGUGCUGAACGAGAAGCUCAACCAGGUGGUGCAGAGGCUCCAGCAGCAGUUCGAGGGUGACAGGCGCCGGCUGCACCAGGUCGAGCGCAGGCUGGAGGCCAGCGCCGACGACCGCGCGCGGCACGGCGAGCAGCGGGAGCGUUGGGCCGAGCUGCAGGGCAAGGUGGACGGUCUGAUCGAGGAGACGCAGUCGCUCACGCGGCGGGUGGAGGGCCUCGACGAGCGGCUCUGGGCCCGCACCAGCGGGUCCGACGGCUCGAAGCAGCGCGGCCGCGAGCUGGAGCAGCAGGUGCAGUCCCUGGAGCAGCACGUGCGCCUGGCGGCCGCCACCAGCGAGGAGGCGUCCAAGCGGCAGGCCGCCAAGCUCCGGCGCGCGGAGCACGCCGCGGAGGAGUCCGUCCGGCGUUUGGCCAGGCUCGAGGAGGAGGUGCGCGGCGGGAUGGCUGCCGUGCAGCGCGACCGCUUCUUGGAGACACGGCUGAGCACCCUGGAGCAGCAGCAGGACCAGCUGGAUGAGGUGGUCCAAUCCCUCCAGGCCCAGAUCGACGAGGGCAUGGCCGGCUUCGCGGGCCUGGGCGGCGGCGGCGGCGAGGUCGAGGGCGAGGCGGGGCGCCAGGUGGACGAUGUGCUCCGCGCGGUGGAGAAGAGCCACUCCGAGCUGGAGAAGAAGGUGAUGAAGCAGGUGGAGGAGCAGGCCGCCUUCCGCGUGAAGGUCGACCACCAGCUCUCCCGCGUGAACGCCCUCGCCGACCGGCUGGAGACGGCACACGAGCCGGCGCUGGAGUCGCUGCGGGCCGAGAUGGCCAGCCAGCGGUGCCAGGACCGCCAGCUCGCCGACGGGGACACCGCUACCCUGCGCCGCCAGCUCCAGGAGUCUACCGACGGCAUGGAGGACGCCCUGGCCGAGGUGCGCGAGGGCCUGCGCGAGCUGCGGGACCUCCCCCGGCACGAGGGCGACGGCAGCGCGCUGCGGGGCCUCUGGGACCGCCUCGCGGACCUGGAGCAGCGGGCGGCGUCGCUGGAGAUCUCCGGGUCGCCGGAGGAGGCCGUGUCCGUGGGCGCCGCGGCCGGCGGCGCGGCCGACGAGGCCGGCGGCGCGGGCGCGGCGGAGGCGGCGGCGGCCGCCGCGAGCGAGCUCGAGGAGGUGCGGUCGCGCCUGGACUGGCUCGAGGAGCAGGGCGCGGCGCGCGCGCUGGAGAGGCCGGAGGCGCGGCACGCGUCGGAGGCCCAGGACAAGAUGUGCAAGGUGCUGGAACGAUUGAGCUGCUUGGAGCAGCAAGCUCCGCGCGGCGAGGUCGUCGGCAGGCUGCAGCAGCAGCUGCAGCAGCUGCAGGACGAGGUCGCGCGGCGCCUCGCCCAGGAUUCGGGCGGCUCCCGCUCCGCGGCGGAGGCCGAGGCGAGGGUGGGCGCCGUUUCGCAGCAGGUGGCCCUCCUGGCGGCACGGCUCUCCGAGGUGGAGGGCGGACUGGACUUCGCCCGGGAGGCCGUGGACGCCUCUGGCAUAUCGGAGGCGGGCGGCGUCAGGCUGCCGCUGCGGCCAGGGGCUCCGGCGGGCGCUGCCGCCGCCAGCGCGGAGAUUCAGGACAGGCUCUGUCACGUCGCCGAGCACCUCGAGGCCGAGCAGUCGGAGCUCCACGACCUCCGCCAGCGCCUGGAGACGGUGGAGCGGCAGCUCGCAGAGGGCAAGCAGGAGGCGCCGCGCGCGCCGGGCGCUGGCGCCAGCGUCGAGGCGAAGCUGCAGGAAGAGCUGGAGGCGCUCUGCGAGCGGCUGCGCGGGCUGGAGGAGGGCGCCGAGCUCGAGGGGGGGCUGGGGGCGCUCGCGAGGCGGGUGCUGUCGCUGGAGGAGGGCGCCGAGCCCACGGCCGGACUGGAGGCGCUGUCGGAGCAGCUCGGCGCGCUGAAGGGCGAGCUGGCGGCGCUGUCAAAGCGGCAGGGCGCGCAGGAGGAGGGCGCCGUGCCCAAGAGCGAGCUGGAGGCGCUCUCGGGGCGGCUGUCGUCGCUGGAGGGCGCGGGGUUCCCUCGGGACCUCAGCGAGCUGCGCGGGGAGGUCUCGCGGCUGGCCGGGCAGGUCCAAGGUUUGCAGGGCACAGCCGCGUCGAAGGAGCCCUCCGACGAGCUGCGGUCCGAGCUGGACGAGGUGAAGGGCAAGCUGGAGCAGCUCGAGGAGGCCCUCGACUCGAAGGUCGGCAGUGUCAGGGACGAGACGUCAGAGGCGAAGGCGACGGCUGCCGAGCUGUCUGGCAAGGUCUCUGAGAUGCAGGAGGAUGUCAAGAGACUCGCGGCGCAGCCCUGGAAGGAUGCCCUCGACGAGCCCAAGGCCAAGCUAGAGCACCUCGAGGAGCAGCUCGGCGCGCUGAAGGGCGAGCUGGCGGCGCUGUCAAAACGGCAAGGCUCGCUGGAGGAGGGCGCGGAGCCCAAGGCCAUGCUGGACGCGCUGUCGGGGCAGCUCGGCGCGCUGAAGGGCGAGCUGGCGGCGCUGUCCGAGCGGCAGGGCGUGCUGGAGGAGGGCGCGGGGCCCAAGGGCGAGCUGGAGGCGCUCUCGCGGCGGCUAUCCAGCUGCCUGCGGCAGGAGGGCGCCGAGCCCACGGCCAGGCUGGAGGCGCUGUCGGAGCAGCUCGGCGCGCUGAAGGGCGAGCUGGCGGCGCUGUCCAAGCGGCAGGGCGCGCUGGAGGAGGGCGCGGGGCCCAAGGGCGAGCUGGAGGCGCUCUCGGGGCGGCUGACGUCGCUGGAGGGCGCGGGGGCCUCCCGGGACCUCGGCGAGCUGCGCGGGGAGGUCUCGCGGCUGGCCGGGCAGGUCCAGGAGCUGCGGCACGAGGUGAGGGGCAAGCUGGAGCAGCUGGAGGGGGAGGCGUCGGGGGCGAAGGCUGCGGCCGCGGAGCUGGCAGGCAGGGUCUCCGAGGUGCAGGAGGGCGUCAAGAAGCUCGCGGCGCAGCCCUGCAAGGAGGUCCUGGACGGGCAGCAGGAGGCCCUGGAGGGCCUCCGCGGCAGGCUCAGCGGGCUCGAGGCCGGCGGCGCGCCCAUCGGUGCCUUGCGCGAGAGCCUGCAGGGUCACGCGGAGGAGAUCGAGGCGGUGCGAGGGCGGCUGGAGGCCGUGGAGAAGCAGGGCCUCUCUGAGCUCGUCGAAGAGCUGAGGGGCGCUCACGGAGAGCUCAAGGAGAGCGUCGACUCCGCCUCAGUCAGGGUGAGGGGCGAGCUGGAGGCUCUGUGCAGGCGUCUGGACGACCUUCCGGCGGCCGCGGCGUCGCUGAAGGUGCCCGAAAGCGGCGUCGAGGGGGGCGCGGCGCAAGAGCGACGUGCGGCCGAGGCGGAGGCCAAGCUGGCCGCUAGGAUUCAGGCCGUCGAGGAGCAGCUGGUGUCCCGCCCGGCGCCCGCUGGCGAUGCCAAGGCAACAGAGGAGGCGAGGGCGGACGUGCAGGAGAAGGUGUCCGACCUCACCCUGCAACUGGCGCGGGAGCUGGAGGAGCUGGCCAGGCACGGGGAGGAGCUGCGGGGGGCCGCCAGCAGCGCCGCCGCCGCCGGGAGGGCCGCGACCCCCCGGGACGAGGGCGACGAAACGCUGCGGCCCCAGGACGUCGGCGCCAGCACGCCCCGCCAGGCCGCCCUGGACUCGCUGGCCGCGGAGGUGGCAGAGGCGGGCAGGAGGGCCCGGGCUGCCGAGGCCGCCCUCGAGGGGCUCCGGCGGGAGCUGGACCAGGUGCGCGGUGCCUCGCCCAAGGUUGGCAUCGGCAUCGGCAUCGGCGGCGGCACCGACGACCUCCGCGGCCGCAUGGACCUCCUCGACAGGCAGGUCGGUGAGCUCCGCGCGCAGCUGCGGGACGCUGCGGCGCCGCCGGGGCGCGGCGGCUCUCGCGGCAGGAGCCCCGUCGGGGAGGAGCCCCUGGACUUCUCGCUCACUGGGGCCGAGCAGGGGCGGGGCGCCGAGCCCCUGGACUUCUCGCUCACCGCGGCGAGCGAGCAGGUGCGCGCCGCCCCCCCGGGGGAGGAGCCGCUGGACUUCUCGCUCACCGGCGCGAGCGAGCAGGUCCGCGGCGCCGCCGAGCCGCUGGACUACUCGCUCACCGGCGCGAGCGACCGCCCCGCGGGCCUCGGCGAGGGCCCGAGCCUCGCGGCGGCCGAGGCCCCCCGGACGCCCAGCGGCUCCGCCGCCGAGGGCGCGGCCUCGGGCGGCGGCGCCCGAGGCCCAGCUCUGGCCAGCGUGCUCGGGUCUGGCUACCUGAUUGCGGUGGAGACCCAGAAGGCGGAGCACCGCUCGGACCUGGGCUGCCUGCUGGCGACGCUGGGGUUGGUGCCUGCCCAAGCCUCGUACCUCCACGGCAAGGCGAUCCGUCUUGCGCCCAAGGAGUGUGGAUACCUCGCCUCGGUCAUCGUGGACGGCCAGUGGUCGCAGCGCCGCAAGUACCUGGGCGGCUACGCCUCGGACGACAAGUGCUUGCUGUGCGGCGGCGUUGGCACGCUGCUGCACAGGGUUGAGCUCGUGGAGGUGGAGUGCCUGCUGGAGCGCGUGCUGUGGCCUGCGCCCCGCGGCAUCAUCAAGCCGCCUCGGCCUCCUGGGCUCAGCUGGCUGGGCCAAGACGUAGGCGGCAUGCUGCCGUCGGGCGACGUGUACCUGGACGGCUCCGCCUACGAGGGCGACUUCCAGCAGUACACAAGCGUCGGCUGGGCUGCGGUGGUGCUGCAGGAGGACGCGGACGCCUUCCGCACUGGCAUCUCGGGCACGCUGUGCGAGCCCUUCGCCGACAUCAACGGCGGCGAGCUGGCCGCGCUCAUCGGCACGCUGCGCCAUGCCGUGCCGCCCGUCAGGGCCAUCGUCGACUCCGACUUCGUGUUCAAGGUUGUGCUGGAGCACGGGCCGCUGCUCACGACGCGCUGGGGCUACGCUUGGGCCCACAUCUGGCGCGAGCUCUGGCGGCUUGUCGAGGACUUCGGGGGGAUAGGGCCGCAUGGCCUGACCCUCAAGAAGGUCCCUGCGCAUGUUCCGCGACGCCGAGUGACCGACGACGGCGUCAUCACCGCUCGCGACUGGAUCGGCAACUGCAUCGCUGACCAGGCCGCGAAGUGCGCGGCCGAGCGCGCGAGGAUUGCGCCCGAGGACCGACAACGCCUGCUGUCGGCACGGGAGCUGGUCGAGGGCGUGGCCAUGUGGGUCUCAGCUGUUGGGGCAGCCGUGGGCGGGGACGACACCACCCACCGCGCGGCGAAGCCCAACAAGGCGGCCCCGCGAGCAGCGCUGCAGCCAGCGACUGCCAGGCUAGGCUGCGACCUCCGUGGGCCGCUUGGGGCGCGAUGGUGCAGCAGGUGUCGCUGGCUGGAGCGCGCCAGCGAGUGCCCUGGCUCGAUUGUGACGUCCGCCCUGGACCACAAUAGGAGGCUGCGGGCACAGGGCGCGCUGGCGCACGUGAUCGCGAAGGUCGAGCCGCAGGUCGAGGCCCAGCUGCAACGUGAGAUGCCGCUGCUGGCCUGCCUCGUCUGCGGAGCCACGAGUUCGGCGAGGAGCUCGUCCUUCGCCCGUGCCUGCGGGGAGCCUGGGGCAAAGGGCAAGCUGGUGAUUGGCCGGCUCGCCAAGGGCUUCGCGCCAGGCGCCGCAGGCCGUGUGGCCGUCAAGAUCGUGCAGCUCGGCGACCACGGCUCCGCGGACGACGAUGCGGAGCGCGUCGGCGGCGUCCUGGACCAGCUCGCCGCGAGCGCGCAGAGCCGCCUCGGGGAGUCCAUGGUGAGCCAGUCCGGCAAUGAGGUCAGCGUCGGCGCCGAUUACAGCGUGGAGGACUCCACCGAGCUCGAGAAGUGCGACUACUUCGAGGCCGUCGAGCCGAGCAGCAGGAGAGGCUCCCCCGCCGCGUCCCCGGCGGGCGCCGGCGGCGCGCCGGGCGCCGGCCUCGGAGGGCGGCCCGGGCCCGCGGAGCUCGAGCCCGCGGGCCUGGCGCCCGCGGCCGAGGCGCCGAGGUCUGCGGCCUCGACGGGCGCCGUCGUCCGCCACGGCCCCGAGGUGCCUUCUGCUCACGAGACCUCCAAGUCGCCGACCAGCGAGGCGGCCGGGCCACCCGCCGGGAGCGCCGGAUCGGCGGCGGCGGGGGCCGCGGCCGCGGCCGCGGACGACUACGAGGACGAGUCCUUCGCCGACGACAUGUCCAUCCCAGAGUCGAUCCCCUCAGGUGGCUCUGGUGAGGGGUCCGGCAGCGACGAGGCCUGAGCGGGUCGCGACCACCGCGAAAGUCAACCGAGGCACGCCGACAUUCUCGCGCACGAGAGCCCAGGCCCUCCCGCGUCGGUCAACGCCUCCCCGCUUCCGCUUCCAGGCAAAGCCAGGCCAGACCACUCGCCGCCUCGUCGCGCCGUCCGACCGCUGCGGGCCACCCCGCGGGCACUCUGGCAUCGCCCGGCUCCCGUCGGGAGGCGAGGGCGGCCAGAAGCGAAGCAGGUCGGUGUGCCUCUUCUUCACGCCUCGGCGGCGGGCGAGGAGGAGCAGGCCUUCUCCGAGGGCGGCGUGGCUUCUCAGAAGUCUUCGCGCCCUUUGAGAAGCAGCCUGUGUCCUCGGGGGGAGCUCCGGAAGCUCCUCGGAGGGCCGAUGACCUCCGAGCCUUCUGGGAAGGCGGCCCGCCCUCUCUCGUCUCCCCCCUGGCUGGGCGCGCCGCCUGACGCCUCCCC